GCUUUUGUUUCGUUUUGUUUAGUCCUAGAAUCCAAAAUUUACAGUAGAUAAUUUGUUACAAAAUUAAUAAAAAAAAAUCAUGAAGCUACAUUUCGAUUCAAAAUUCUGUCAGUAUCCAAAGACGUACUUCCCAUUCGUUCUGAACAUCCUUCUCUGGGAUCGCAACUGGCUCACCAAGGUUUGCACCAGCUGCCCGUUCUAUCUCUACUCGAGCACGUUUGCUGCGCUGUAUUUGAUUGUCAACCUGUUCCUGGCAGCCUACGAGUUGUUCCAGCAGAUUCUUGUUCCCAUCGCAGGGCCAGACGAUUACGACCAAAAACUUACGGUUCCGCUGCGCUUCUGGAAGAUUGACCUAAGCUUUCGGAUACCCCAUCAAUAUCUGCUGCUAGGUCGAGCCCUUUUUCACGUUCAAGCUUUGGCACGGAGUCUGUACAAUCUGGCGGUCGGCAACUUCGGUGCCCUGCUGGGGUUGGUGGUGUUUGUGCCUGUGUUCUUCGCGAUGGACGUAAUUAACUUCGUUACCGAGUGGAGCAAGCACCGAGGGCAGCCGGACUGGCAAAAAUUCAUCUGGACCGAAGCACUCCGACUGGGAUCGACGGUUGUGUUCUGGACCAAUAUGUGCUGCUUGCUUUAUAAUCAAUAUGCAGGGUGUAUUUUUGAUAAAUAGUGCAGAAACAUUGGAAUGUUUUAAAACAUAAAUACAUUGUAUGUAAUUAUAUACCUGCCAAGAUACCUUAAA